AGAAAUGGCAGCGCUGAGACAGGAGCAUCGGUAUGGGCUCUCCUGUGGCAAAAUCAACAAAAACACCCCGAAUCAAACUCUUUACCACGUCAAACUCACUGACACUGCCAUCCGGACCUUGGAAGCCUACCAGAACCUGAAGGCAUCACUAUCAAAUCAGCCAGCGAUUUGCUUCAAGGGGAGCCAGGGGUACAUAAAGAUCCCAGCGCCGACCCCUGAAUCACCCGAUGGACUCAGAGUCUUCUCCUUCUACCUAUCCAGUGACAGCAAAGACAAGCCUCAGUCCAGCUUUGACUGCAUUCACCAGUAUGUCUCAGGGGAGGGAAGGGAUCACCUGGAGGGCCAGGGCAGCAUUCAGGACAAGAUCACAGUCUGUGCCACAGACGACUCCUACCAGACAACCAGGGAGCGCAUGUCUCAGGUGGAGAAGGACAUCUGGAGCCGCUCAGCAAUUGAGAUCAAGCCGGGGCCAAGUAAGUGCGUGAAGGUCCAGAGGAAGCAGGGUCUUGUAUCAGGCUCAGAUAGCAGCAACAAGCACUCCCCCAGCAACAAGAGGAACCUGGUUCCCAGCCCUGUGGCACACCGGCCCUUGAGGGACCGCAUCAUUCAUCUCCUGGCCUUAAAGCCCUACAGGAAACCUGAGCUGCUACUGUGGUUGGAAAGGGAGCGGGCCAGUCCAAAGGACAAGACUGACCUGACCUCAGUACUGGAUGAGGUCGGUAAGCUGAACCCUAAAGACCACAGCUACUCUCUGAAGGAUGAGCUUUACAGACACGUCCAGAAAGACUGGCCUGGAUAUCUAGAAGAGGAAAAGCAACUCAUUCAUAGGCUCCUUAUCAGGAAACUUCAACCACUCCACAGUAGCCAGUUGAAGAGUCCCCAGUCCAAUCAUUCAUUCCACAAAACUCCUGGGGACUCUCCUUCACAACUCAGUCCUGCCAAGAAUCUCUCUGUGAAACGCCCAUUGCCCUCUGACCCAUCCAACUGUCAAACCCCGAAAAAACAAAAACUGUUAGACCAGUGUUUGCCUCUGCAGUUGCCUUCUCAUGGAGACUACAGCACCAAUGGGGCACGUAGCUCCUCUAGUCACGGAAACUCUAGUGUACAGAUAAAAAUGGAGUUUGACAAAACCAACAAUCAUCUCCAGGGUAGCCCAACUGGUCUGUACUCGCCACACAAACUCAGCGGGUCAUCUGCUAUUCCCAAACUGGAGAGGACAGAGCCAGCUCUUACAGCUCCCAGCCCCAAGCCCCCACACACUGACACCUCCAUUUGCACUGAUCAACAGUUCACCAAUGGCCAACACAAAAAGAAGAGGUCCAAAAAGCACAAAGACAAGGAACGAGAGCGCUUAAAACCAGACUGGAUAGAAACUAGUCCUGACCUGAAGCAGAACCAAGAAAAUCUCAAAGACCAUGAGGGAGAGAAAACACCUGUCAGUCGAACCUCAGAACAGGAACUGCCAGACUACUUAAUAAAAUACAGCACCAUAACGGCACUGGAGCAGCGUCAACAGUACAAGGAUGACUUCUGUGCUGAGUAUGAUGAAUACAGAGCUCUUCAUGACCGGAUUGGGGCUAUCACAGAGAUGUUUGUUCAGUUGGGCUCAAAGAUCAACACUCUCUCCCCGGGAACACAAGAGUACAAGCUUAUGGAGGACCAAAUACUACAAAAGUACAGAAAAUAUAAGAAAAAGUUUCCUGGGUAUCGGGAAGAGAAGAAGCGAUGCGAGUAUCUCCAUCAGAAACUGUCGCAUAUCAAAGGCCUGAUCACAGAUUAUGACCGAGCACAGGAACUUUCCUAGUAACUGGCCUCUACCCUCAGCAGGGUGUAGUAUGACUGGACCAAAAGACUCCUAAUGGACCCAAAGACUGCCCAGCUAGGCCUUGGAGUCGCUGAGACACUUUUCACUUUACUCCUCCUGUUGAUAGAAGCGAGGAGCGAGGUUCUUUUUCAAAAGUGGGCUGAGACCACCGACUCGUGAUCAGAUGUUGCCCUUUAACACUAUGAUUUUCAUCUGUGAUUAUCGCUGUAAUGGCUGGAUUUUGUUCUGCUGUAAAAUGGUCAGAUGACACAGCGAAAGCCAAAUCCAUUUUCACGAAAUGCAAAACAGAUGUGAUCCCACCUGCCUGAUUACAUUUUCAUUCUAUCCUUUAUUAUGACAGAACUAAAAAAAAAAAGUAUUAAGUUGACGGUACAAUCAAUCUUUGGGGGAAACAAAUGCUAGUAAAAUCUUUAUAUUUAACAUACAGAGGAACUUGUUUAUUUGCUGUUUGCUGGUAGAACUCCAGAUGUUGACACAUUCAAUCACAUUAAUCAUUCAUUAGUUACAAUAAUAAGAUUACAUAGUCACAGCAAUAUGGUCAUGCUUAAAACAGUGUAUCUCUCUUCAGAGCACAUCUGAACUGACAAAUUCAUUUCAUUCUAAUUUUAUCUCAUGAAGGCUAGAAAAAAAUGUAGAAUCCAAACAAAACCUAUAUUUCUGCAGGAUGAAGACCAUACAAAUGUUUAUAUCAAUCUAUCACCCAGGAUCUGUGCUUAGGAACAGUUUCUCUGGGCUUUGAUCAUAAGGAAUUUGAUCACGUAGCUUCCUGCCAAUGUCGUGUUUCAUUUCUAAGAAAUAUCAAAAUGCCACAAAAUCACUCCUCACAGUCCAGUAAUGAUGGUUUCAAGAUAGUAUCAGUUUCACCCACAUGUAGCCUACAGUACCACGAACUGCCUUUUCACUACGUAAUGAAAAAACAUGAUCUACUCACAGAUCUCUAAAGUCUUCUGGUUACAGGUUUACUGACAUACAGUAUGAACAGUAAUCAUGCUGUAUUCACACUGUAGAUGAAUGACUACUAGUUGCUCUGUGAAACUCUUCACUUUACAUGCAGUUUUAAAAGCUUACAGGGUACUUAUCUUUGUAAUCGACCUAGUCCACACAUUUUCAUUUACUGUUAUUUUGCUUUGGUUGAAGUCUUGAUGAUGUGUAAUAUGGGAUUUGGUUAAAUAACAAUAAUUCACUUUGGUGAACGUUACAUUUUUAUGUUACUCUGCCGAAUGUGCUAGAGAUGCCUUGAAAAAAUUUGAACUUUUCACCCAUGUGUGAACCAUGCAGUAGAGGCCACUGUGGGUCUCUCAGUCAGUUCAAACCACUUUGGUUCAUUUUAGACUUUUUGGAAUUGUUUGUACCUUAGUUGGUGCAUUUGAAUAAAGCAACCUGUAGUUUUUACUUCAUCUUCAUUAGCUGUGGCGUGCAGUAGAGAAUAGUGACCGGAUUUCAGUGUUCUCUGGACAUUUGCAUCAAUGUAGCUGUAUUCACAACUAUUGUCUUAAUUAUGGCUUAAAAUGGGAGAAUGAAGCUAAUAUUUGCCUUAACAUGUAUGUCAGAUGUUUCUGAGAUUCUGGUACCCCUGUUCUGAAAUGUUCUUUCUGUUCUCUGCACAGUUCAAAGCAUUUCUGUAAAUGUCUUUUAGUUUGAAGGAAGGUUCAGUUACUGGAUAGUUGUUGUGCAAGCGUUGUCUUAUCUGUGUUGUUCUUGUUUUUUUUUCGAUGUACGUCUUAAUGGUAAUUUUUUUAUAUUUAGCUUCAUUUGUUGUCUCAUAAUCUGUCGAAUAAUCAUGAACUGUAAAGAUAUUUGAUUUACCGUCUGAUCCUAUCAAGCACCACUAUCAAAAGUAAGAAUCAUUGCAGAAAUCUACACAAAAUAAUGUGCUUUGCUUCUUUUGAUUUCUCAGUGCAAAUACUCAGUCACAUAUUUUGCAGCUCUUUUGCAGUUUAAAUGUACAAUUUCUACGUUCUGUAUUCUGGGAUGUUUUGAAGGAUUUAAGAAUAUCAACAGUUGCUCUGUCUUGGCACAUAUGAAAGUUUCCAAGAAAGGAACGUUUUUAAGCACUGACUAUUGGAAAAAAUGAUAAUUGUAAGCCCAAACAGUGUUCACCAAUUCCAAACAUUAUAUAUCAUCAAGGGUGAAAAUUCAGGAUUCUAAAAGCUCCGACACACCUAAAGAAAUAUUACCAUUAUUCUGGCAAAUGUCUAAGCAUUUGUUCUGGUACUGUGGCUCGAUAUCAGUGAGGGAUGGUUUGUGAUUCACAGAAUUUGUUUUAAUUCAAAAUAGAAAAGGUACUAACACUUUUUUUUUUAAAUAAUUGAAGGAUGAAAAUGUCUGCAAAACACCAUUUACACCACAGGACCCUGAAAGUAAUGAUAUAAACUAAUUCAAGUUAAUGGCUUCCCAUUUACCACUAAAGUCACACUGAUCAAUUGUAAUCGAACAAACUGCAUCAUGGGUGACCCUCUGUGGGCAAAAUAUCAGUCUAAUCAUAGUAUGACCGAAGAUAAUCAUACCAUUUCUUUUAACAUGUUGUUUUUGGGAAACCAGAUCCCUGAUGAAAGGGGAUUCUCAAGUGCUAACUGUGAUGUGAUUUUUUUUUUUUUGUUUUGUUUUGUUUACUGUUGCAGGAGCUAACUACUGAAGGUGCCUUUUUAUUCAGAAAGCAGAGCCACUCUGCCUGUAACUGUCAUUGGUAUUCUGGAAAGGAAAAAAAAAAAAAAAAAAAACUUGGCCCAGCAGUAUUUACACAUGCAUAGUUUCACACUGUUCAAAGUGCUUUGUUCAU